ACUAGACACCUAUUACCCCUAGGUUCCUUUGAUUGAUGUAAUUUGGGUAGACAGGGAUUAUAUCACAAUGCAUUUAACAAGGCUAAAAAGUUGAGACAGAGGUUGAGGGACAAUAAACAUUGAGAAUGCCAGGAAAGGUCAAAGUUCGAGUGCUUGCUGGGCGGGGCCUGCCUGUCAUGGACCGAUCUACGGAUCUUACGGAUGCCUAUGUUGAAGUGCGCUUUGGGACAGAUGUGUUCAAAACUGACAUUUGCAAGAAGUCUUUGAAUCCUCAGUGGAACUCAGAGUGGUUCAAGUUUGAGGUAGAGGAUGAGAGUUUACAAGAUGAGCCUUUGGAACUGAGGGUUCUGGACCAUGACACAUACAGUGCAAAUGAUGCAAUAGGAAAAAUUUACGUUGACCUUAAUCCGUUACUGACCAAAGAUCCCCUCAAGGUCAUUAGUGGCUGGUUCCCAAUCUAUGACACAAUGCAUGGCAUACGUGGAGAACUUAAUAUCAUCGUGAAAGUGGACCUAUUCUCUGAUGUGAAUAAGUUCAGACAGUCGUCUUGUGGAAUCCAGUUUUUUAGCACUGCUGAGGUUCCAUCUGGAUAUCGGAUGCAGGUCAUCAAUGGAUUUGUGGAGGAACUUGUGGUAAAUGAUGAUCCGGAGUAUCAAUGGAUUGACAAGAUCCGCACACCUCGCGCAUCCAAUGAAGCUCGGCAGAGACUCUUCUCCAAAUUAUCAGGUGAACUCCAGAGAAAAAUUGGUGUGAAAGUGUCAGAGUUAGGAGGGAAUGCUGUCAUAGGUUACUGCCAAUGCUUCGACCUGGAGGGGGAGUCAGGUAUAGUGGCGCGAGGGAUAGGGACUGGCGUCACCUUGGUGCGACCUUCACAAAUGAUGCCCCCCUCCCCACUGGGCGUCUCUCCUCAGUUCAAAGAUAUGAGGCAUGCUGUGAACUCACUAAACUACUUCAAUCAUCACCAAACACCACCUAGUUUUGGUCCUUCACUGACUUCUCGCUCACAUCAUCACUUAACAAUGACCCCUCCCCACACUCCAGUCAGGAAAUCCGUCUCCAUAUCCCCGCCCCCCUCUGCCCCUCCUAUUGUUUCUAGCAGCCAAUCAGCAUUCAGUUUUCCUUUCAGUUCCCCCCUUCCUGAGGAAUCGGCUACACCCUCCUCCCCACCCUCCCAGAUCAUAAGGUGUGCCACGUCACCUGUCAAGGUCGUUUCUCCCCAUACACAGGUGCGAAGGUCAUCCGACUCAGACGUCAGUAAUAUAACCCCACCGAAAGGAAGCAGUCUAACAGAGAGCAGUGGGAGCGGUAGUGGUUUAGGAAGUGGUGGAAAAGCGGUGACCAAACUCUCGGCACAGCAACCCAGCAUAGAGCUGAUGGAGUAUCCAUUCUUCACUAUGACAUCAUUUCCUGUGGGUUUCAUAAUUCACCUUGGGGGUGUUGUGUCGGCUAAGUCUGUCAAACUUCUUGACAAGAUUCACAACCCAGAGGAGCCAGAGACUCGAGAUGCUUGGUGGACUGAGAUAAGGACCGAGAUACGAACUCACUGUCGAACCAUGGGAUGCCAUGCUGUGCUGGGAUAUACAGAGCACACCACCAUUUGCGACGAAAUCAUUGUGCUGUGUGCAACAGGCACUGCUGCCAGGGUCAAUGUGACCUAUGACCCGGCUUCAUCCACACGUAUCCCCCCGCCCGCCCCAGCUGUUGUGCAGGAAAAACUUCCAACUGAGAAAGAACGAGACAAGAAGCUGUAUGUGGAUGUUAAUCUGGCCAAUUCUGCUGCUCAGGGCUCGCUCCACGCCCUGUAUGAUCACAGUUCUGAUGAUGGAGCCCCAUUUUACAACUGUCUUUUGUGCCAUGUUCCUUACAAACCUAAUUCUGCUCCAUUCCCUGUCAAUCUGUCAGUCUGUGCUAUCUGCAGGAAGCGAAAGGUGCCUGAUGUUUUGUUUACAACCAUAGAUCCUCCACAGGAAAUACAAACCCACGGCAAAGGCGCAUUUAUACAAGCCAGAGUUUGUCGACCAAAACCAAAAAGCAAAGGCGGGGAAUCAAACGCAAAGGAGAUCAGUGAUUGUCUUCCUUUCCUAGAAUAUGAACUUCAUAGUCAGCUGAUGAACAAACUAAAGUUGUUCGGCAUGAAUGGGUUGUACGGCCUCAAGAUGCAGAUCACGGUCGGGGAAUCUCUGCUGGUGGGCGUGGCUACUGCUACUGCUGUGUUCAUUGCAGCCCUGCCGAUCCCCCCAAUUCCCAGGGUGUCGGGCCAGGCAACCACGGAGGAGGAGAAUAACCGAUUACUGGAAAUACAGAAAAGGAUUUCCGAAAGAGUUAUGAAAAAUCGAGAGAAGAAUGACCUACUGCACAUUGACACGGGUCAAGCGAGUCCGCGUAGCAUCGUGACAGAUGACAGCGAUGACGACGCGUCAGAUCUGGACUUGUCGUCGGGGAACAAAGAAACGUUUGUUAUUGAGGUGGAUGAUGCUAAUGAUGAGAACAUCGUUGCUUUGCUCCGGGAAUCCCAGCUCCCCGAGGGAUUCACAAUGCUAAACACCCACAAAAUCCCGGGAUCUACCUCACUGGCUGCCAAUCUCCAGAUGUUUACGCAGGUGUGGAGGCAGGAGUACUUCCCUACAUCUAGAAGUAGCUUCAUGGAUAUCUUUGAGAAUCUAGUCAAGAAAAUCUGCUACAAGUUACGACGGAUGUCCCCUUGCUGCCUGUGUGGUAUUGACUUUGGUGUAGAAAUUCCAGAGGAAAAAGAAAUACAGAUAACUCUGACAGGGGUGUGCUGCUCUACAGAAAAUGUACCAGACUCAGUGUUUGAACUUCACUCAACCAACAAAGGAAAUCUACUCAAAACAGUACAAGGUGUCACUAACAGCAACAACAGUGGGACCAAUGAGGGUGAUGACAUGAUGUUCACCAUGGAGGAGUAUGCAUCAGAGGGAUCAGUGGGCAAUCUAACCGGGCAAGUCAAAGCUCCACUGCUACGCCAGACCAAAGUUGAGACAACUGGGACCAAAAUGGAGGGAAACACACGUAGAUCUCUGGAGCAUGUGCACGUACAUAACAUCCACAAGCUGAAGAGUUGGGUGGAGCUGACACCACUGCAUUACAUACCAGGAUUCAAGAUUGAGAGAUACCUCGGCAACUACAACUUCUUCUUCAUUCGAGAAUCCACUUCAUUACGAGAGGUUGGAGGCCAAGGAGGGUUCAUGCAGAUGUUUGUUGCUGAGGUGAUGGCUAAUGUCAGAGCCAAUGUGGCGUCUUUGGGAGGCAACGGGUUGGUCUCCUACCGCAUGAACCAGUGUGUUCUGAUGUGUAACCCCCACAAAAACCAGAGUCAGUGUUUGAUCAACGUGAGUGGUGACGCAGUGGUGGUGGCUCCUGAGGAAUCGUUCCCCAUUGUGGUGGAACCUCUACGUAAAAACAGCGACUCGCCGGUCACGUGAUCACUGUACAUGUGUGUGAUCAUGAAUUUUCUGCCAUGGCAUUACUUUAGCCAGUAUUAAUAUCACUGCUUCUCAAGGGUUGGAACAUGUAUCAAUAUAGGUUAAAAGGACUAGGAUAUUGUCACAUUUUACAUUCUGUAUGCUUUUAUUUACCCAAGAUAGUUCAUGUAUAUGCAUUUCUAAAUCUGGUGCAAUUUUAUAUGUAUGUUCAGGAUUUGGGUACUCUUAAUUUUUCAGUAUUCCAAAAGCGUCUAGUCAAUACUGCAACAAUAUGCAUGGUAUAUGGUAAGGGUUCACACAAGUCAAAUCAACAAGAUGCUACCUGUUUCACUAAAUUCUGUAUGAAGUUACCCAAAGUAUUUUAUCUUGCAGUAUGUAGUGUAUUUUUCUACAUGCAGGACACACUGUGACACAUGCAAAUAAAGAGAAACUUAAAGUCA